AUUACUCGCCUUUCUCUCUCUACACCUCCACUGAAGCACAGCGGAGCCCUAAUCCUCUUCAAUUUGUGUUUUUUCUGCUUCUUCUUAUCAGAAAAGUUGUUUGAUGCAAUAAAUCUUAGAUGGGGCGCAGCAAUUCUAGAUCUCCCGUCAGAACCCGUGGAUCUCCUCGUAGGAGGAGCCCCUCGAGAAGGGAAAAAUCUCCUGCUCGACACAGGAGUUCGAAUGCAGAAAAGCCUUCAGCUCGCAAUAGAUCACCAAAACGUGCUAGGUCAAGGUCUCCUGUAGUUCAGUCACCGGUGAGGGAGAAACCCUACACUCGCACCAAAUCUCCAAGACAAAGAUCACCCUCUCCAGUCAGACAAAAACCAUCAAGUCGAAUUAGGGCACCGAAACACGAGAAAUCGAGAUCCCCACCACCUCUUUCACCUUUGAAAGAGAAGCUAUCGUCUCGAACCAGGAGGUCCCCUGAUCCGGUGGCAUCCAAGUCAUUGCCUCCGCCGCCAGAGAAAGGAAAACCGUCAAUUCGAAACAGGUCCCCCACAAUUGCUAGAGCAAGGUCUCCCGAAUCUCAAUCUCUUUCACCACGUAGUAAAAGAUUGAAACGAGCUAAAGCUGAGCGGGAUGCUGAAAAGGGGAGUGAGAGGGAACAUGAAAAGAACCACAGAAGGAAGGGUGACAGGGAUACACAUGAGGAAAAGGAUUUGGUCAGAGAUUCGGCAGUUGAAAGGCAAGAUAGAAGGCCAGUAAGGGAUGCAGCUGGCAAUGGUUCUACGUCGAGGCAUGGACGCUCGGAUUCGCCUUCUGAUCAUCAUCACCACAGGGGCCGACAAAGAUCAAGAUCGCCUCAUGCGGCUGAUGACAGAGGACGUAAUGAGGUGGCGAACUCAAGAGAUUCUGAGCCGCGGAAUGGUGAUGAUGAUUCAGUGGCUAAGAUGAAGGCUGCUGAAGAGACAUUGGAAGCAAAGGAGAAGCAAAAACCUUCAUUUGAGCUCUCUGGAAAACUUGCUGCAGAAACUAAUCGAUUCAGAGGUGUAACGCUGCUGUUUAAUGAACCACCCGAUGCUCGAAAACCUGAUGUAAGGUGGCGCCUGUAUGUUUUCAAGGGUGGUGAAGUUCUUAAUGAACCUCUUUAUGUACACCGUCAAAGUUGCUACCUUUUUGGUAGAGAAAGAAGAGUUGCAGAUAUCCCUACAGACCACCCAUCCUGCAGCAAACAACAUGCUGUUCUCCAAUACAGGCAAGUGGAAGAGGAAAACCCAGACGGCACCAUGUCAAAAAGAGUGAAGCCGUAUGUUAUGGAUCUGGGAAGCACAAACGGCACAUUCAUUAAUGAAAACCAAAUAGAACCUCAGAGGUACUACGAGCUGAUGGAAAAAGAUACCGUGAAGUUUGGUAACAGCAGCCGUGAAUACGUUAUACUGCACGAGAAUUCUGCUGAAUGAAGCGGCUACUGAAGAGGAGAGUCGCCUUUUCUUGUAUGCCAAGGCACGGUGCAGCGAACAAAAUACUAAAAGCUUUAUUCCUUAGCAGGUAUCUGUUUUUUGGUGUGCUGUUACGCACCUACGUAAUUUAGUCUUUUAAAAUAUCGCUGCAAGUGCAACUCUAAUUUGUAAAUUAAACAAAUUAAAUGGAUCAAAAAUGGGAUCUCGUAGGCAUCUGAAAUCAGAAACGCAGAGUUGGUUUUUCUUCUUUCUCAAUUGGUUGUAGCGUAAAUUUGAAAUUGUGGACAAAUUUCAAGGAACGUAUUUUGGUACUUUGUAUUUGAAUGUAUUCCGAUGGUUAUUUGUUG